UCCUUCUCAGGGUUAGUGCUUCUCAAAAUGUCUGGGGGAAUUGGUCCAACAGCUAGCGACAUUCGUCUUGCCAAAGAAGAAGAAGUGGAGCAGAAAUCGCAAAAACAGAGCACCCGCAGAGGUUUCUUAUCAUUCCGACAACUCAAUGCUCUCGCCGUCAUCAUCGUCUUCUCAGCGAGUGGAAUGGUAAGCAUAGAAGACUUGGCUUUCGCAUUCUUCACCCUUAUCUAUGUCUUCUUCCUCUCCAAGUUUGCCUUCCCUCUUCUGGGUCCUUACCCUGACCCCCCAGUUUUUGGCCAGACCAAUAAGAUUCUGAGUCUCUACGUCUCCCUAGCAGCCGUGAUUGGGCUUUUACUCCCUAUUGCUUACAUCUUCGAAGGAAUCUUAGAAGGCGACAAGGAGGGUAUCAAAGCAGCCGCUCCUCACGUCUUCCUUCUAUCCAGCCAAGUUUUCGUGGAAGGUUUAACAUUUAGCCUCGGCUUCUCGCUUCCGAUCAGGGCUUUUGUGCCGGUAUUUUACAAUUCGAUGAGGAUGUUCACGCUUCUUGAUUGGUUGAAAGCUGAGAUCGGAAAGGCGGGUGAGGGUUCUGGUGGAUCAAUCAGGAGAGUUUAUUUUGGGAGAGCGCUUGCAGUGGCAAAUCUAGGGUUAUGGUCCUUCAAUCUCUUUGGCUUCUUAUUGCCCGUUUACCUCCCCAGAUGUUUAAAGAAAUACUACGGUUAUAAGGAGAAGGUUUGAGGAAGUUCUUGAUCUCGACUGUGGUGUUCGAAUCUCUACAGGCUUUUACUGCUCUACUUAUUAUG